AAUAUAGAUGUUUAUAUUCGUUGUGAUUCAAAACAAGCGUGCACAGGUUAUGAUUCUGAGUUUUCCUAUGACACUGAAUGCAUCAGUUACUCCCCCUUCAUGAAGCCGAGCUGUCCGCUAACCACAGCGCGCUGAGUUCCGCUCAGUCUGGCCAAUCGUGUUGGGCUGUCGUUGAGCAGCACCAUUGCAGUGCGGAGAGAUCAUCCAAAGGUACACUGCUCCUAGAGAGAGGGACCGUUGGAAGGAAACGAACUCGGUUUGAGUGGCCGCCCUGGGCAAACACCACUUCUCCCUCCCUAAUGCAAUCACAGUGAUAUGGUUUUGUAACCAUCCUCAGCCCAAGUGACCCUCAUAGAGUGACAGAUGUGUGCCACUGUGGAAAACCAUUUGCAUCUCCCUGUGGAGAUUUGAGUUCUGGAUCGCUGAGGCAGCCAAGGGGGGUCUCUGACAAAGAUGCUGGGUUCAGAGCGCAGUGUUGUAGAAGAAUGGCUCUCCGAAUUCAAGUCCUUACCAGAAACCCACAUCCCCAGCUACGCCGGCAGCCUCCAUCUAAAGAAGUCCCUGGUGCCAGCACUCUACAGAGUCAUCCAGGAUCCAAACAACGAGCUGCUGGAGCCCGUCUGCCACCAGCUGUUCGAGUUGUACCGGAGCUCUGAAGACCGUUUGCGUCGCUUCACCCUGCAAUUCCUACCCGAGCUGGUGUGGGUAUAUCUGCGCAUCACUGCCAGCAGGGAUCGCCAGAGCAACGGCUGCAUCGAGGCCCUCCUCUUGGGAAUGUAUAACUUGGAAAUUGUUGACAAAGAUGGCAACAGCAAGCUCCUUUCCUUCACGAUCCCAUCGCUGUCAAAACCAUCAAUCUAUCAUGAGCCUUCUAGCCUGGGGUCCAUGGCUCUGACAGAGGGAGCUCUAUGUCAACAUGACCUGAUCAGAGUGGUGUACAGCGGCCUCCACCCUCAGAGAGAGACCUUCACUGCACAGAACAGGUUUGAGGUGCUGUGUUUCCUCAUGCUCUGCUACAAUUCAGCAGUGGUCUACAUGCCACUUUCUUCCUAUCAGUCGGUCUGCAGGAUGAGCUCACGGCUGUGCGUAUGUGGUUUCCCCCGGCAACAGCAAAAACUUUGGAGAGAACCUUGCAACCGUGUGCUGCUGGACCCUGAAUUCAUGGUGCAGAUGCUGACGGCCGUUUACCAUGCCAUAUACAAUGGGGAGUGGGAGAUGGGGCGAGAAGCUCUGGAAGACAUUGUGUACCGGGCCCAGCUUGAGCUUUACUCACAGCCUCUUCUGCUAGGGAAUGCCAUGAAAAACUCGCUACCAGAAAGCGCUCCCGAUGAGCCACGGGGGCGCAAGGUGCUCCAGGUGGAGGUGACACCUACCAUCAGCCGUAUAUCCAUCUCAGCAAUCACCACCGCCUCCAUACGGCGCCACCGCUGGAAGCGAGAGGAUUGUUUUGACUACUCAACCGCUGCAGAGUUGAGCUUCACCUUCAGUCCUCCUAGCCUCGCCCAGAACCAGCACCACCCUCCCUGGGAACCUGCAGCUAAAGAGGAAAGAGGAGGGCGGCAUCACAGCCACCACAGCAGCAGCAGCAUCAUCAUUCCCCCCAUCACACUUGAGGAUGCUGAUGGCAUGAGCGGCGGGGAGGAUUCCUUCAACGUCAACGACCCAGAUGAGGGUUUCUCCUCAGGGGCUUCCAACAGCAGCCAGCCCAGCGGCACCAAGGCUGGCGGCGGCAUUGGGCCAAGGGGCGGCAGCCUGAGCUCAAGCAGUAGCAGCAUCAAAAAAGCCAUCACGGCCCGCCUGUCUCGAGACAAGGAGAAAGAAAAGGAGAAGGAAAAGAAACGUGAGAGGGAGGCGGAAAAACAGGUCGAACUGUCUUCAGAUCACCAGAUUGCUGAGAGGAAGCAUCAUCAGAGGCAGCAGUCACCCCCAGCCAGCAUCACCUUAGAGGCCAUCCACUUAAGUCCCAUAAAAAAGCACCUGAGCUUCCCUGCAGGGUCCACGCUGGUGCGGACUGGCAGCACGUCCUCCAGCAAAUCCUUUGACUGCAUGAGUUUCAACCUGAACGGAGGUGAGGAUGAGCGAGGGGAGGUAGCGGGAGGCUCUGGAAAGGAAGGAGGGCUUGUAGCAGGAGGCUCCCACCGCCACUCCACCAUAAGCCUAAAGGAGGAGCACCUGAUCAGGCCAGAGGAGGCGCAGGACCUUCUGUCCCCAGGGACUCCUCUUAAUAAGCAGUCACGCUCCCCGAGCUUCAACAUGCAGAUCAUAUCACAGGUUUAAUGUCCAGGGAAUGGAAGACACACACACACACACUCGUAUAAAGUUACUUGUAACACCCUUAUGCAGUUUUUCUCUACAGCAGCUCAACUUUGACUAUUUCUGUCCACCUGUGUGUGUGUGUGUGUGUGUGUCUGUCUGUGUGUGUUUAUGAGGUGAGAUCAGAUCUUCAGAUCUCUAGAGAUUUGUCUAUCCUUUUAACAUCCAUUAAACUGUGACCUGCAGUUGUUGCUGGUGAGUUUUCGGAGAACGCAUCAUUUGAGAAGUGGUUAAAAACUUCCCACUGCUGUAACUACAGUGGAGCGUAAAAGAGUCCAGCAUGUCACUGCGUCCUCUCAUCUGACCAAGCUGAGCAUUCCACACACAAACUCUCCUCUAAAGGAGAAGGGAAAUUUUCUAAAGGAUCCCACAUUCGCUGUAGGUCACAUAUGACAUUUCAGAUGUUUUGAGUUUCAGACUGAAUCAGUCAGUAUGAAUCAGCAAUAACACUUAUUGUUGCUCAUUGUGGAGAAAAGUGUAUGUGGGGGGAUUAUUGUUCCUUCACAUUUUCUUUCCUUUCAUUCCGGGGCUCAAGUGCAAUCAUUCUUGCUGAUUUCCCUCAUCGUUAAAUGCUGUUUUUAGUCAGUCAUACUUUUUUUUUUUUUUCUUUCUAAAAUCAAAAUUUAAAUCGAAGU